UUCUCCCUCGCUGUCACGCAUCCUGUGCUCCCGGGUCCAGUUCUGGCUCCGAUUCCUCCUCUCCCCACACCUCAAGAUCCGAAUCUAGGGACCGGGUUCCACCACCAGAUUCUCGCGGGGACCUCGCAACAACCCCGCUCAUCUCGUCGCCUUCGGUUGCGGAAUCCCUCUCGGCGUUCUCUCUUGGAGUUGGAGUCUGGUGGUGGUGGUCAGUCAGUUCUUGGUUUGGUUCGUCCAGCCUCCGGAGUCCCGCCCGAUUCGGUUGUAGCACUCGGUUCGGUUCCUGUGUAGUGGGGAGAGAACUCUUCGGGAGACGGGUUUCGUCUGAGCAACAGUUCCUUGAUUUCCCGUUGCUUUAUCCUUCCUUCCUUCCUUCCCCUUUUGAUUCGCGCCGAGAAGCAACCGCUUUGUGGAUAAUCACGAGCGAUUUCGUUCGUUCCACUCGACCCAGCCGUGUUGCUUUCCCUUAAAGGCGGCGUCUUUGCCAACCAACUUUUGAUGAGAGAGAUGUUUAUUGGAUCUAGUUCUUGCAGAGGAUAGGAUUUUUACUCGGGGAUUUUUCGGUUGCUUUGGGUUAUCCUGUUUGAUUUAGCUUGUUUCGCCCCCAAUUUUCACCGGGAUCAAGAGGAGCCAAGAAUUCUUUGAUUUCUUUCCCCAAUGGCCAUGUCGCUGACCCGGUUCUCCCAGUGGAUAUGGCCGGGGAGCAGGACUAGAAGCCGAAGGGGCCGGGAGCCGCCGGCGGGGAGCACGGCCGUGGCCAACGGUCUGUUCCCGGACUCCCCGUCCGGGUUCCGGGAGCCGGACGCCGUCGGGCACCCGGGCUCCGGCGCGGCGCGGCAGCGGAAGGGCAAGAGCCGGCGGCGCGGCGGCCGCGGGGAGGGGAGGGCCGACGGGGAGCACGGCAUGGUUAUCGUGCAGUCCGACGGCGACGGGUGCCUGUCGGACUCGGACUCCGACGGCUCCGACUGGUCCAUCGGCUGGCUCGAGCCGCUCGCGCCGGACCUCCAGAGCGACGGGGAUUCCGAGGGCAGCUUUGCCGUCCUGGUGCCGUGCUACCGCCGCGGCCGCAUUGAGAGGCCUGCUCGUCCUGACGGCAGGUUCCCUGGCUCUGGUGGCGUCGCCAAUGGCGGCGUUUCUGAUAACAAAAAUUUUGUAGAGCAAUGGGUGUCUUCCCUUCAGAACUGAUUUCUCCAUUUCCAUUCUUUGCUGGCUUCAAUGUAUAUAGUACUGUUCCAUUCAAUCUAUCAAAUUCCCCAUGUGUAGAACAUAUCGAUGAAGGAAGAGUUGAUACCCAAAAGAGCAAAUGAAGAGGACAGAACAAUAGCAGUAGAAUUUUAAAACAAACAGCAAAUGGGUGCAUCAUCCUUCCUGAGGUUUCAAGGUUAUGGUAUUCCUGCAGAAUAAGGAACCGCGAGAACCAUGAUGUGUGAAUGGUAUGAAAUGUCAUUGACAUUUCUGACAAUGGACCAAUGAAUUGAUGACCUCGUUAUCCCAUUUUCUUCUAAACUCUAGAACUACAUGUAUAACUAUCACGGCAUUUACGUCAUUGGUAUGAUUGUGAAUUUGUGAUUCUUCUGUAUAUAUGUAUUCAUGAACAACGGGAUCUGAACUCUUAUGGAUUCCACGUAUCUUCUGUAUAUAAAUAAAUUACCUGUUUGUAAAUCGCUUUCACUGUCAAA